UGCGCUUGCAACAGACGGGAGGCGGGAACAACUGUGUCACUUUUCCUCACACAAAACUUCCGGCUCUGUGCCUCACCGGAUGACUGACCGUCCACAGUCGCCGUCAUGUCAAACAACAACGCCAGCGGUAACUUGGCCGUCGCGCAGAAGGCCGUAAAACAGCUGCGGCUGGAGGCGAGCGUGCGCCGGAUCAAGGUGUCCCAGGCUGCCACCGACCUGAAGAACUUCUGUCUGCAGAACGCCAACAAGGACCCCCUACUGAUGGGCGUGCCCUCCAGCGACAACCCCUUCAGGCCCCCCAAAUCCUGCACCCUGUUCUGAGCUGUCCAAGAGGAUGAGGAAGAGGCAAUGAUGAAGAGCUCUGUGCAGCAUGUGAAGGACCAGUUUCCCUUGUUCCCAUCGCUACCACUCUCUUCUCUCUCUCUCUCCAUCUCUCUUCUCUCUCUCUCUCGCUCUCUCUUCACUCUCUUCUCGCUCUCUCUCUCUUUCUUUCUCUCUCUCUCUCUCUCUCACAUUAAAAAUGACAGAACAUGUGUA